UGUCAGCAACGGUUGACUGUUCUGAGGGCAGUUUCCUGACCUGCCAGCGUUCUGCUUUCAGGACAAGUCUGGGGCUAUCAUUGAAAAAUGGAGAGUGAAACUGGAAGAUUCUGGUGUCCACGUGAUCAUUGGGGGACACGAUUCUCCUUCUCCCCGAGGCGUCGGAUACUCUAAAAAUCAAGCAGUUGCCCAGAGCUCAGGGUCUUACCUUUGCUUUUUGGAUUCGACACAGCCGAGACUGGGUAAUUUAUAAAGAAAAAGAAGUCCAAUCGACUCGCAGUUCCAUGUGGCCGGGCCGGCCUCACAGUCGUGCGUGUCUGACGUGGCGGCAGGUGAGAAAGGCAGCUUGUGCAGGGAAACUCCUCCUUUGAAGCCCAUCAGCUCUCCUGAGGCUCACCCACUAUCACUAGAAAAGAAAGGCCCACCCCCGUGACUCAGUGGCCUCCCAGCGGGGCCCUCCCACGACACGUGGGAAUUGUGGGAGCGACAGUUCAAGGGUUUCAGGGUGGAGAGUCUGUCCCCCGACUCCCGUCCUCGCUGGGGAACCGGCCACGUCCCCCGACUCCCGUCCUCGCUGGGGAGCUGCCGCGUGGCUGUCCACAUGCACAGGAAGCCACGUGGCCUUCCUGGAACUGCCCCGAGGGCUCUGAACUGGGGCUUCAGGAUGACGUCAUGAUGCCCCAGCGGGUGAGGCUGCAACACCAGGCUGCUGUUCAGCACCCGUCGAGCAUCGUCGGUUGCCGAGUGAGGAGAGAUCCCCCUAACUCCACCGAACGAUACACACGUUGGAUCAACCAGCUGACACCCGAGCAGCUCCUGACGCAGGUUUUCACCGCAAAUGGUCCAACGGUGAUCAUGCCCACCUGGUUCUGUUCGCGGGCGUGGUUUUCCCACGUGGGCCCCUUUGACGAGGGAGGUCAGGGCGUCCCGGAGGACCUGUUGUUCUUCUACGAGCACCUCAGGAAGGGCGGCGGCGUCAUCCGCGUGGACCAGAGUCUCCUGCUGUACCGAUACCACCCGCGGGCAGCCACGCACUCCGUCCUUGAGUCGACCAUCUGGGCCCACCGCGUCCGCUUCCUGGAAGAGCAGGCCCUGCCCCGCUGGGCAGCCUUCACCAUCUGGAACGCCGGCAAGCAGGGGCGCCGGCUGUACCGCAGCUUGACCGCCGCCAGCCAGCGCAAGGUGGUGGCAUUCUGUGACGUGGACGAGAACAAGAUCAGGAAAGGCUUCUAUUGCCACGAGGACUCUCAGGAAAGACCCAAGCCCCAAAUACCCAUCCUGCACUUCCGAGCCGCCCGGCCACCCUUCGUCAUCUGCGUGAAGCUGGACCUCACAGGGGGCGCCUUUGAGGACAACCUGAGGUCGCUGCACUUGCAGGAGGGCCGGGACUUCCUUCACUUCAGCUGACGGACCCAGGGCAGCUGCUCCCAGUGCAUCCCAGGCCAGCAGGAGGCAGGAGCUUUGUGAGCUGCAGGCAUGGCAACGGUGCACCCCAGUUCCACACCCAGCAGGCGCAACCACCAAGUCUCGUGUGUGCUGACCACAGGAGCCGAAGCUUUUCCACUGUGUGGACUCGUGGCCAAGGCUGGGCCUGGUCACCCAGGACCCUCACCACGUGAUCCCAGCCAAUCAAGGGGACAGUUCGAGGAGGAGGAGACCCCAAUUACACAGGUUGGAAUAAAAUGUUUAAAUCUUGUAAAAAUGUAACACAAGGCUCUUUUAAGGGAUAAAGACUGCUGGCCACCAGGUCAAGCACAAGAAUGGUAGUGUGUGAACCCCACACUCCUGUGUGGCCAGGUCACCACACACAUUCCGUGAAGCGCUGUCUGCUGAACAGACAGCAUGAACUGUCACAGUCCUGGCCUUGUGGUCCUGGUGCCCUCCCAAGUGAGAACCACGACUGAGCCUUGCCUCACAGAUGCAGGCGGCAGCUCCCAGUUCUGGGCCUGCCCAAGUUCCUGUGUCCAGACCCCAUCCCCACCUGAGCGAGCAGGCCAGGGAGCCACCCCAAUCUACACCAUGCACACGGCACCCCUGGGCUCUUCACCCAGGGAAAGGGCUGCUCACCCAAGCCCUUGGGCCUCCGAGUGGCCACACCUGAGGCUGCUUUGGUGCUGCUGGCGGUGGUUCUGCACCUCAAGCCCUGUGAGCACAGCACAGGUCCCAGGUAGAUGGGUGUGAGUUGCUACCACAGUGAAAUUUUUAUACACAUUCCCCUCACCAGCUUUGGGAUGGAUCAGCAUGAGCUCAGAUACGGAGACAAAGGUAGCCUCCUGCCCUUUGCUUAAAAACCUCAGUGUAGACUCUGCCCAAGCUCUCCUAAGACAGUGUAAUCAUUUCAAGAAUUGUAUUUCCCGUAUUAUUGUAGAGGCACACAUUGGACUCUGACAAUUCCCCUUGCAGCAGACAUUUGUGAAGCUGCUGGUCUGCACACCCAUCAAUCAGUGACCCUUGCACUGCAGGGGGAUCACAUUCACGAUGCUCACGUGUGCACAGGUGGGAGGACAGCACCCCCACCAGGCAGAUGGUCCCAGAAACAGCAUCUGCGCAGCACUCUAGACCAUGCCUGCCACCAGGGCUUGUCAGUUCUCUGGCAUUUGAACCUCUGAUUUAACAUUCAUCUCUCUCCAAGACUGGGCAGACCACCACCUGUGGCCAGACAUCUCACACAGCAGGGACGGCACCAGGCGAGAAGGGGGCCUGGUCUCCAGGCAGGAGGAGUGGAACCCAACCCCCUCAGGCUGACCCCUGGGCAGUGAGCCUCUCCAUCACUCUACACGCAUCAGGCUCAGAGGCAGAAGGCAGGGACUUCUUGGUACAUGAUUUUAUAGGAAGCACAUCUGUGUUCAAGUGAAGGCAGAGGCAUCCAGCCCAGGUCAUUAGAGUGCAGGUGCAGAGAGGAAAAGCUGUCCGCUGGUGCCAGCCUCCGAGGGCCAGCGCUACCCUUCAACAGCUGGAGGCACCACCGUGCCAGGCUUUCCACACCGGCCUCCCUCAGCAACAAGACAUUCCCCACCAGGCAGGGGUGAGGUACGGGCUCCAGGACUGGCUUCAGCAGGCAUGAGGCUGCAGAAGAGACAAGACAAGCUCAGGCUGGUCAGCUCCAUCACACACCAUUCCCAGCCAGGGGACCCUCGCCCCUCUGGGCCCUGUGUGGGGACUGACGCUUGGUUCCUGCAGGAAACUGUAUUUGUGCCGUUUCCCCACACGCGGGAGCCUGAGCUAUGUGGCUGACAGGCGCUCAUGACUAACAUGUCCUCGGAACGGCACCCCAUCUGGGGAGCGGGAAGGGAGGUUCACUGCACUGCUCUUAACCUGCAUUCACACGUUUGAAAUUUUUCCUAAUAAAAAUGUAAAAAGCA